UACACCAGGUUUAUGGAAGCCUUUUGUUAAUUGCAGUGAGUGUCCCGGGCAGUGGAAACAUCAUCACAUUUUCGCAGUUUUGUUCGUCGCUGUUCAAGGGUUUGUUUUUACGACAAACUUUGGACAAAAGGCUCCAGUCAUUCCAGUCAGACAUUAUGCUAAAAUGGUAGCAUGUUUUUUGUGGUACAAGUGACCAAUAAUGUUGUGUUUGCCUUCAACAUCUCCAUGCCUCUACACAUGAUCUAUCGAUCGGGCUCUCUCAUCGCAAAUCUGGUCCUAGGUGUCGUAAUUCUAAAGAAUAGGUACACGGCUACAAAAUACUUAUCUGUUUUCCUGAUCACUCUAGGAAUAAUUUUAUGUACCUUAGCAUCUACUGGAGAUAUGUCAUCAGCAUCUCAGAAAGACUAUUCAGAAGCUGAAUGGCAAGCCACAGCUACUGGAUAUAUACGAUGGCUUACAGGGAUAGCCAUUUUGACGUUUGCUUUAUUUAUGUCGGCAAGAAUGGGUAUAUAUCAAGAGACAGUGUACAAGAAGUAUGGGAAGCAUCCUGGAGAAGCCAUGUUCUAUAAUCAUCUGCUCCCUUUACCUGGGUUUUUGCUUCUGUCCCAUGAUAUCUACCAUAAUGUACUGCUGUUCAAUGCAUCAGAACCAAUCGUGAUUCCAGUUCUUAUGCUUUCAAUACCAAAGAUGUGGAUUUAUCUGGCAGGCAAUGUGAUGACUCAAUUUGUGUGCAUAAAGAGUGUUUUUGUCCUGACGACUGAAUGUACCUCUCUGACGGUGACAAUGGUGGUGACACUGCGCAAGUUCUUGAGUUUGCUCUUCUCCAUUGUCUACUUCCAGAACCCAUUCACUUACCAGCAUUGGAUUGGGACCAUCCUUGUAUUUGGAGGAACUGCUCUUUUUACAGACCUCCAUAAGAUGAGGAUCCAAAUGAAAUCUGUGAAACAAGAGUGAAUGUACACACAAUAUGUCUUACAGGGAUGGUGUAUUUUAAAGAGUGUGAAAGAUAUAAAUUAAAUCAGAGAAGAAAUUUAAUUUUAUAUUAAAAAAGAACCAUAAAAAAAAGGAUGUAUAUUUUUUUCUGACCCAUACAUUCCUUUCAUGUAUUACUUAAUUUUACUAAAUCAGUUUGCAGAAAUAUGUGGGGUAUAUUUUAGUCGGUAACAACAAAAAUCUGUGUUUGUCUGUGAUGAGGAAAAAAAAAAAAAGUCCCUGACAUUUAUAUUUGUAUUGACACACAUUAUACAGGUUUUGAUCAACAUUGUCAUAAUAUUUAAAUGAUGGUUGAAUUUAUUCUCUGGUAAAGAUGUUUUUUUUUGGGGGGGGUUUCUCUUCUAAAUUUUCCUAAGAUGAAGUGUUGCACUCUGUGAACCAGAGGUAGAAACCAGUGAGCUGUUGCUAAGUAAAAAAAUUGUUGAUGAAGACCAAGACUAAUUAAUAACUAAUUUUACGUUAUUAUUCAGAGAGCCUCUAUAAGUAGACAAUAUUUCUUUUUUGAGCCUAUGCUAAAUGUUUAAGCGUCUAGUAUUUCGAUGUGUAGCCUUCUCGCUGUGCACUUGAUUCAUUUAAAUUGUUUUGUUUUUUUUGUUCUUACUGUUAGAAGUUAGAAAAAGAGCAAUAAACCCGUUUCACAGCCCUUGGGUUCUAGCUUUAUGUUCUAUUGUAAACGUAUUGUAAAUUGGAUAUUCAAAGUUCACAAUGAUGGAGGCGCUGUGUCAUCUAUUUUUUGAGAGAGUGAAAAGCUAUAUCCCAAUAUCCUUCCAGACAAAAACUCAAGCACCUUUCUCAGAUCAAUAAGACUCGGGCAAAUAGUGUAACUUGGUCCUGGGCAAAAUUUUAGUUCACUUCCCCGGAUCAUGAUCAUCUCCAUGCCAAGCUUAAACUCCCAAAUGGUACUAAAACUCAUGUUUUAUUCAUCCAUGAUAUACAGCUGUUGUUUCAGUUCAGUACAUAAUCAAUAUAUACAUGUACAUAACCAAUAUAUACAUGUACACAACCAAUAUGUACAUGUACACAACCAAUAUACACAUGUACACAACCAAUAUACACAUGUACCCCACCAAUACAUACAUGUACACAACCAAUAUACACAUGUAUACAACCAAUAUACACAACCAAUAUACACAUGUACACAACCAAUAUAUACUUGUAUACAAUCAAUACAUACAUGUACACAACCAGUAUACACAAGUACACAACCAAUACUGACCAAGUUGUUUAAAACGGUAACUAACCUAUGUAAGUCAUAAGUCUUCACUACUUAACCUGGCCACCAUUGAUCGAAUUUGGGUCCAAAUGUAUCAAACAUACAAGGAGUAUGUUAUGCACAAUACUGGAAUGGCUUUAAAAUGUUGUUAAUGACCAUUGGUUCACCUUUAACAAAGUUCUCAAGAGUUUUUAUCUCAAAUAAUUCAGUAUCUUUUUUUUUCCUAGUCCCGAUUUCAGUUUUUAAAUUUAUAUCAAGAUUGUAUUUUUUACAUGAACAUUUUCAUGAAUAUUUAUUGUGUGUUUUAUUUAUUGAUGUAAUCAUGGUAAAAUGAGUUGAAUCUACUCCCUUGAAAUAAAACCAGGUUAAUGGAGGACAUUUGCAUCACAAUUUCCUAUUCUAAUCAUUUAAUCAUUGAUGUUCUUGACAUUUUUGAAUGAAUGAGUGAAUGAUUAAGGCUGAGCACUACUUUAACACUACUUCAACACUACUUCAGACUGUACUUUGGCAUUUGACAUGUUCUAAAACAAAAUAUAAUGGUUAUAAAUUUAGUAAAGAAUGUUAUACCAAAGGGAAAAACAUGGUUCACUUUUUGGGCAUAAUUUAUCUCUUGAUAAUGCUUCUAUUUUAUACAUAAUUUCCAUCAUGGAUUGAAAAUUUUCGGGAAUGAUGUUAUGGAUGAACUGGCUGGGUUACAGACAUAGCUAGGCUCUUGCCCACACCAGUUGUUUUGACAGUUACCAUUGUUGACAUCAUGACUAUUGGCUAAUUAAUUUCUUAAUUAAUUGCUGGUGAAAUAAAGAAAACUCUAGAUUAAAGCCACAAGUACAAGUACUUUUCACAAGUAGAAAGCUAAGAAGUUUUAUUUGUACUUCUUAGAACUCACAUUAAAGAAUAAAGGCCAGGCACUUCUACCUGAGCAGGUAUCAUUAAGUUAUAUUUUAAGGCAGGUGAUAUUGGGAGUGCACAGCCUCAUUGUUACUCUGAAGCAAGCUUUUUGUGGUGAACACUCACAUCUAUGUGCAUCUUCAUCUUCCAUUUAUUUUUUUAUGUAUGUAAUGCAUAAUUGACGAAAUACCCUCUUGCUGAGGGUUGAUGAUGUUUUCCUGAUACAGAACCAUGAACCCUAAUUCCUCAAACAUUUUAAAUGUGGAAGAGCAUUUUUUUCACCUUUGAUUUUGGAAGACAAAUCAUUGGUUAGGUUGGUCAAUUUCAGGGCUUAAAAAAGUAUAAUUUUAUAAGUUUGCACAGAAUAAUGACCUCAGAAUGUUCUUUAAUGAGCAUCUUGCAGACAAGCAGAAAGGUUGAAAAUACAAUAAUGAGAAAACAUAAUGAAAAGAGAAUUAUAUGCAUUGUCAGUUAAGGUAUUAGGCAAUAAAUUAUUCUUCAUCAGAAAUUUUGAGGAGGGAGGAGAAUCUUUUCUUGAAGCUUUCCUUAAAGACGGCUAGUAAAACAUUUUUGGUGUGUAGGACAUGUGGGCUUCACUGUGUAAAAUAUGUUUGUUUAGUGGGUGAAUGUCAUAAAAUUGUUUCAUGCACAUAAGAAUGAUAUUUUCAAAAAGUAUACAAUUCAUUAUAUUGUCACAUAAGUGUAAAUCUGUUUCAAUCUCGUACUACUUUUUUUACCCCACUUAAAUAUUUUAUUUGUUACUUUGUGUUAUCAUUGUUAUAGUUGUUUGGCUAUAAUAAACCUACAUGUAUCAUAAAUGUGUUUACCACUGCUAUCUUUUAUUUAAAAUAAAUUUUGAAAAUGUCAGUCAAAUGUUGAAUUGGAGUGGAUGUUGAUUGAAAAUAAAAAUACACUUCCAGUAGUCAGGGUGAAAUUAUUAAAAGAUUGCAUUUAUAACUGGUAUUAUAGUGUGCUAUUGAUAAUUUAUGGGGGAGAAAAAAGAUGUGAAGCAUUGCAGGCCUACACAUAUAUGUAAUGUCGUUUUCCCCUUUGGGAUAUGUCUUCUUGGCAAAGACCUGCAAGACCACUCACCAUUCUACAAAAAUUCUCAUACAUGACUCAGUUCCACCAGUGAAAAAGAAAAAUUAUUUCAUGUUCCUGAUAAUAUACGUGUGAAACUGGCUGAAUUAUAACACGGCAACAACAUGGCGAAAGCUCUGAAUCUAUCUAUGUUCCAGAUACCACUGAUCCAUACAGUUUGAUAUGAACAGGUGUAGCUGGUAAUUAUGCUUAACUCAUUGGCAAUCUUUAGAAGCUUUUGGAUGCUUUAGAAGUGCACUCAUCACAGAAUUUUUCCCUAUUAUUGUUCGUUUUGUUUUUUUGGCAGCCUGACGGAUAAUUUGUCGCUAUUUCAGGGUAUGCAGGUUACUCGCGCUUU